AUGCAAGCCAGCGUCGUUGCCGCCAACCCCACCGCCACCACCCUGGCCGUUACCUGCGCCACCUCCUGCAUCUUGCCCUCGCCAUUCACCAUCACCGAAGGCCCAUCCACCUUCACUCUCAGCGCCGUCUACACCAUCAGCACCCAAGGAGUGCAAGAGAAAAUCACCCUUGUCGAGGACUGUGCCAUCACGGGCAGUACGCAGGGCGCGUCGUGCUCCGUGUCUUAUGGCGUGGAGGCUACCUAUAAGGGAGUAAGCACGAGUACGAGCUAUGCGACGGUGACUCAAAUACCGGCCAGUGAGAUCUUUUAUGAGGCGAUAGAGGUUACUGGGGGUGUGGACAAGUUGGAUAGUUCCGCGAGUUCGACUGAGACUGGGACUGGGACUGCAACAGCGACUGGGGCUGCGACUGGGGCUACGACUGGGGCUACGACUGGGACUGCAACUGGGACUGCAACUGGGACUGGGGGUGCGAGUGCGAGUGGGACGGGGGCUGUGGCUGUGGCUGAGGGAGCUGCAGGGAGAGGAGUUGUCGUGGGCGGGAAGGGGCUUUGGGGAAUGGUUGUGGGGGUUGUGAGUGUGGGGAUGGGGAUGGUGUUGUUGUAG